AUGUCGGAACCGAUUCCUACCGUGGCGCGACCGCCAGGCGCCCUAUUUCGUGUGGUCAAGACUCUGUCCAAAAGCUCUCAAAGUACAGGGGUAUAUCUCUGUCUUUCGCGGAUUCUUCCUUGUUCCUCUGAGCCCACAAUGAACAUUGACGAAGACCUUGCGAAUCGAUGCGCACCAAUCCUAGCAGCGUUUGAGAAGAUGACUGGGAACGCACGCCUACAGCAACAACUCGGUCUGCUUGAGUAUGAGAGGCUUGGAGACGUGUUAUACCAAAACAUACAGGAAAAUCGGACAUCAUUACUACGUUCAGGGCAGAUCGAGAUGCUGCCGCAGCUCGUAGUGGUCAAGAUGUCUACGGACAAAGAAAAGGUACGGAGAGAAGUUGAGGCGGUAGAAGAGAUUCAUAGAGUGGCCGGGGUAGUAUCUACGCUGCAUAUAGGGUCGUAUAUAUUGGGAUCUCAGCACACAGAGGCGCCAGAGAUGUCGUAUAUGGCUUUGCGCCCUAUUUUUGGGCCUACGCUUGAGCAACUCGGUGAGAGGAGCAGCAACGGUAGGAGCGGGGGCAUUCCAGACUGGCUGAUGGCGCAUACAUGUAUCGGUUUGAUUGAGGCGGUCGAGUUCUUGCAUGAGCAUAGUCUGGUGCAUGGCAGGAUCGAGGCGUCUAAUGUCAUGUUGAGCUUGUACCCAGUGUACAUGUAUCAUCGGUAUCGUGGGUACCCGGAUGUGCAACUGAUUGAUUUUUCAGAUUCCGCAUUAACGGGAGUAAAAGAUACGGCCCUGGAUGUGAGAGGCGUGCUGAUAGUCAUGGAAGAAGCCAUGCUCAAGCAGAGCGAUACAGCCCCGUGUGGAAUGCCCAGACGGGAUGUUCGUGGUCGGACCCGAGAGAAACAGGGCGAGCAAAACCCUCUUCUAGCUCAAAUCAGAAACAUGACUGCGGCUGAUUACGAAGGAGACAUGGACAUGCAGGGCUUACGAAGGUCACUCAUGGGCAUAGCAGAAGACAUACGACAUGCUGGCCCCGAAACGAUGCCGAGGGACAUUAUGAGGUUGCUCCAUGCAGAUUUGACAACAGCUAGAGAACUCGAGUGCGCCAUGCGGAACCCUCUAGUUCUCAAACUGAGGAGCAAGAAGGAAGCGACAAAGGCCGUUACGGACAAUGGGCUAGUUGCUGUGGUUGGCGUGGAAAAUGUGGAGACGAAGACUAGGGAUUAG